AUGCAACCAGAGAGUAUUGCUGCUCUUGCUGCAGAUGCUGCUGUUGCUGUAGCAGCAGCAGCAGCAGCAGCAGCAGAACAAGGACGUCGUCCUGUGUCUCUUGAGGGUCCUUCUUAUAUAGAUGGGUCUUCUUGCUUCGAGGAAGAAGCAGCAGCAGCAGCAGCAGCAGCAGCAGGAGCAGCAGAAGAAGACAGCAACAGCAGCAGUAUCACCACCACCACCACCAACAGCAGCAGCAACAGCAGCAACAGCAGCAGCAACAGGAGCAGCAGCAGCAGCUGGAGUUAUCAGUAUUAUUGGAUUUUCCUUCUUUACGUCGUAUAG